AUGCUCCGUAGUGCUUUGCCAGGGCUCGCCCGCCCAGCCCUCCAAGCGAGAACCGUGACAACCCUCUCGGCUGGUUUCCCGAAGGUCACGCAAAGACUCCCCACCAAAUAUGGAGGUGUAUAUACUAUAACACUCAUUCCCGGUGAUGGUAUCGGUGGAGAAAUCACCGACUCUGUCAAGGAGAUCUUUGAACAUGUCAAUGCACCCAUCGAGUGGGAGCAGUACAAUGUUUCCGGCAUGUCGUCCGCUGGCGAGGACUUGUUCAAGCAGGCUAUGGAAAGUUUAAAGCGCAACCGAGUCGGUCUAAAGGGUAUCUUGUUCACCCCCAUCUCUCAAACGGGACACGUUUCUUGGAAUGUGGCCAUGCGUCAGCAGUUGGACAUUUACGCCUCAGUUGUCCUCUGCAAAUCCCUCCCUGGGUUCCCGACGCGUCACUCAAAUGUCGAUUUUGCUAUCAUUCGAGAGAACACUGAGGGCGAGUAUUCUGGCCUCGAGCACCAAAGUUACCCCGGUGUUGUUGAGAGCUUGAAGGUGUCGACGAAGGCCAAGGCCGAGCGCAUUGCCCGUUUUGCAUUUGACUUUGCCUUGAAGAACAACCGCAAGAAAGUCACAUGUGUCCACAAGGCCAACAUCAUGAAACUUGGCGACGGCCUGUUCCUUAACACCUUCCGUCGCGUGGCAGAGGAGUACAAGUCUAUGGGUAUUGAAGCCAACGACAUGAUCGUUGAUAACACCUCCAUGCAGCUUGUGGCCAAACCGUCACAAUUUGACGUGAUGGUCAUGCCGAACUUGUAUGGUGCUAUCAUCUCUAACAUCGGCGCUGCCUUGGUUGGUGGUCCCGGAAUCGUUCCAGGUUGCAAUGUCGGCAGAGAUUAUGCUUUGUUUGAGCCCGGAUGCCGUCACGUCGCCUCGGAUAUCAUGGGCACCAACCGUGCUAACCCAGCGGCCAUGAUCCUCAGCGCCACCAUGAUGCUCAGGCACCUCGGUCUCGACUCAAUUGCUAACAAUAUUGCAAGCGCGACAUUUGAUGUUAUCAACGCAGCAAAGGUCCGGACUGCAGACAUGGGUGGUGGAUCGACGACGUCAGAGUUCACUGCAGCCGUCAUUAAAAACCUUUAA